GCACAGCCGCAGAAACCACGGUGAACGACGAGUAGUCCCGAUUCCCGAAACUCCGGAAAGCCGGAGGAGCGAACCACUCGUGAGUCGUGGCCGUGCCGCACCGCCGCCUCGCCGAGCGCUUCCGCUGUCUAUAAAGCGGCGCGCUGCGUGCAUCGCCGCCGCCGCUGGUUCCCGUGCUGUGCUCAGUUCUCGUCUUCUCCUUCUCGCGUCGGUCCCUGCUUGUGUGAGACUGUGAGGUGGUGGGACAGUUGGGGAGGGGGCGGAAAUGGCGAAGCACUUCGUGCUCAACACCGGCGCCAAGAUCCCCUCGGUGGGGCUCGGAACCUGGCAGGCCGACCCCGGCGUCGUCGGCAACGCCGUCUACGCCGCUGUCAAGGCGGGGUACCGGCACAUCGAUUGUGCCAAAGCGUACAACAAUGAAAAGGAGGUGGGGUUGGCUCUGAAGAAGCUAUUUGAAGAGGGUGUUGUCAAGCGUGAAGAUCUGUUUAUUACAUCUAAGCUAUGGUGUGAUCGUCAUGCCCCAGAGGAUGUGCCUGAGGCACUAGAUGAAACCUUGACUGACUUACAGCUUGAGUACUUGGAUCUUUACCUUAUUCAUUGGCCAUUCAGAAUCAAGAAGGGAUCCAGCAUUAAUCCUGAAAACUACAUACCACCUGACAUCCCGUCUACAUGGGGAGCAAUGGAGAAGUUAUAUGAUUCUGGCAAAACCCGAGCCAUUGGUGUGAGUAACUUCUCGUCGAAAAAAUUGGGUGACCUGCUGUCUGUUGCUCGUGUACCUCCAGCUGUUGAUCAGGUGGAGUGCCAUCCUGGUUGGCAGCAGACGAAGCUGCAUAACUUUUGCUUGUCAUCUGGCAUUCAUCUUAGUGCAUACUCGCCGCUAGGGUCACCUGGUUCAUCAUUUAUGAAUGGUAAUGUCCUUAAGGAACCGAUAAUUAUUUCAAUUGCAGAGAAGCUUACCAAAACUCCUGCACAAGUGGCGCUGCGCUGGAACAUUCAGAUGGGUCACAGUGUACUCCCAAAAAGUGUGAAUGAAGAAAGGAUAAAGCAGAACAUAGAUGUUUAUGACUGGUCUAUUCCAGAUGACUUGCUGGCGAAGUUCUCUGAGAUUAAGCAGGUUAGGCUGCUCAGGGGCAACUUCAUUGUUAAUCCUCAGAGCGUUUACAAGACUCAUGAGGAGCUCUGGGACGGGGAAAUUUAGGAGCGGUACAAAUGUACACAAUGCUAUUCUCUGGGAGCAGCUUACGCUAGUGUCAGUCAUGCUCAUUAAACAUUAUGUAUUUGCAAAUCUAUGCCUAUGUGAUGCGGUUCACUGCUCCUGAGCUCCAGUUCUAUCCCAUAUGACGAACUGCUUGAUCAGCAGCAUCAUGUUCCGUUAGAAUAAGACUGGAUCAUGUCGUUUUGGUGCUU